AUGCACCCGCUGUUCAGUCAGGUGCUCGGCCAAAGGGAUCUGUCCAGAGCGGGGGAUCUCUUCUCUCUGGAAGAUGCAGAGAUUGAAGACUGUCUGUCACAAGCUCUGGACCAGAUCAAGGCCAUAUCCUGCUCACAGGACUAUCUGACCAAUGACAACGAUCAGGCGGUUGUAGAGAUUUGCAUAACGCGCAUCACCACGGCCAUAAGGGAGACGAGCUCCAUCGAGCGACACAGUGUGGCGCUGGUGGGGCUGUGGGAGUCGUGUCUGGAGCAUAAUCUCAUGCCACAAGGUGAAAACACAGAGGACACGCCACACGCCAAGAUAGCCUCUGACAUCACCAGCUGUAUCCUGCAGAACUACAGCUGUCCCUCGGUCAUGGUGCUGGCCGUGCCGGUGGCGGUACGGUUCCUCCAGAGAGGGAACAGGGAGCUGAGCAGGAACAUGUCCAGUUAUCUCUCACUGGCUGCUAUAGCGAAGGCUGAUCUGUUGGCCGAGCACACGGAGGCCAUUACAGUCAGCGUGCUGGGAGGUAACCACAUGUUGUUGCGAGUGUUGCCGUCAGUUUACCCCAGACAACCAGAUACCAUCCACUGUCACCUAGGCAAUCUCACUACGAUGAUGCCACAGCUGGAGUCUCCGGAGCAACAGCACCUGAUCAGACUCAUUCAGAUGGUCGCAGAACAACAUCCACUUAUGUUAAGCCCGCAGGUGCCUUUGUUGGUUGGUUAUCUCUGUGACAAGUCUCUGACUGAGUCGCUAUUCGGCGUGCUCGUAGACGUGUCGCAGGCCAGCCCCUCCUCGCUGGUCAGCUUCCUGCCAGCGCUGAGGACUGUGGGACAGCAGUGUCCUGCUCUCCUGGGUCACGUGGCCAAAACCCACGGCGCCGUCGGCAUCAUCAGUGAGGCUCAUGCUCACAGCUCGUUGGUCUACCUCGUGUCCCUCCUGGGCAGCAUGGAGCACAGCUUCCACCACACCCUGCUGCUGGAGAUCAGAGCUCUGACUGACCGUUACCCCUCUUUACUGGGAGGCUGCGGGAAAGACAUCUACAGGAUGAGCAACUCCUUCACGGCUAUAGCCAGGCUGUUGGGGAGGCGGCUGGAGGAGGCUGUGGCGAUACGUUGCAGGGUGGACGAAGCGUGUCCGCCAUCUCCCUGUGCAUCUCUUCCAGGGGGUGGAGGAGGUGGGGUAGGAAGGGGGUCGGAACAGCAGCUUCAGGUGAAGAUCCAGGCCUUCGAGGAGAAGAUGGGGGAAGAUAGAGCAGAGGAGGAGGUGGAGGAGGACUCCCCUGCCUCCCUGCGACGCUACAGCCUGAGCCAAGCUGUCAGGGAGGAGAGACGAGAGAUGAGAUUCAACAGGUCAAAGAGCUUGGCCCUCCAUGCUGUGCACUCACGCUCCAUCAACUCAGACGCUGGGGUGGACGGUGAUGGAGUGGAGCUAAGUCCGAACAGCAUCUCCCCUGAUACUUUGACUAAUCAGCAAACACAAAGCCAGGAGGUGCCACCUACAGACAGGAAGCGGACCGCUGAAGGCUCCGUGCCCAUCACCAGUGCAGUGAAGAGAGGGGUCAAAGAGGCAGGGAGAGGUGAAGGCAGAGCGGAGGAUGGAGAGAUGGAGGAGCAGGGUGAAGCUGACAGACUCUUCGUCCAUUUAAGAGACAACAUGGAGACAAUCAAAGCGUUCUGUAAGGACGUGGUGCAGCAGAUCCCAACACCAGAGCAGUGUGUGAUAGAAGAUUCGAAUCGAGGCUGUGUGGCCAAGCUGUCGUUCUCCUGUCCUCUGAAGGGCCACUACUGCCUGUACGCCAAGUCCUGUUUCAACCUGACCAGCCGACAACCGCAUCUCUGGAUCCACAUGAUGCUGCUGCAUCUACAGACUAAGUCCAGUGUCCCUCUGUGCUCCAGGGACGAGUGCGUCAAGAGACUGGCUUCCCUUUGGGAGAAGACACAGUUGAAGGGGGCUCACAGUUUUCCCAUGGCUAUGACACAGCACAGCACGCUGCACAGGAAGGACCUGGACAGUCUUCAGAUCCAGCUGGAUGAGGUGCGAUUCUUCGACCUGUUUGGAUACAGUGAGGAGGAAGGAGGCUGGCUCUGCUUCAUGUGUAACAACCCUGAGAAGGCCACAGGUACACACAUACCAUGAUGGUUGAACAGAACCCUGUUUAGCGAACAUGCAUAAACAAGUUAGAUUCAUACAAACAGAUGUUUGUGAAAAACAGGACAGCUCCACCUGCAGCUGUUAUGGUUUGUAUACAUGAAAACAGAGACACAGGCACAAAGUAACUGUGUGAGGCGCAGAGGAGUCUGGGGUUCAGUGGAAGCAGAUCUGAGUGUGACAGCAUACAGGAGACACGCAGGUGAAUAACAAUAAAUAACAAACGGCAAACAACAAAUUCUUAGGAUAACAACACAAAACCAACAACACAAAACCAAACACACAAAUUAAGAGAGACAACUGAAGGUGUC